GGGCCGCGGGAGCCGAGAAGUUUGCGGCGGAGGGCCGGGCGUCCCGGGGUCGCAAGACGGCGGCGCGGGGGCUGGGACCAUGGGGGCGGGCGCGGAGGCGGCGCGGCGCGCACUGAGAGCUCCGAGCGGCGCGGCCGCCGCGGCGCAAAGUUAGCCUGGCGCCCCGGGACGAGCCCCGCAGCCGCGCCCGGCCCCGGACGCCGCCUCGGCAUGGGCGAGCACCCCAGCCCGGGCCCCGCAGUGGCCGCCUGCGCCGAGGCGGAGCGCAUCGAGGAGCUGGAACCCGAGGUCGAGGAGCGACCGCCGGCGGCGCCGGAGGACUUUGACCCUGGGAACACGGGCUACAUCAGCACAUGUAAGUUCCGGAGCCUCCUGGAGAGCCAAAGCUCCAAGCUGGACCCGCACAAGAGGGAGGUGCUCCUGGCUCUCGCCGACAGCCAUGCCGAUGGGCAGAUCUGCUACCAGGAUUUUGUCAACCUGAUGAGCAACAAGCGGUCCAACAGCUUCCGCCAGGCCAUCCUGCAGGGCAACCGCAGGCUCUGCAGCAAGGCCCUGCUGGAGGAGAAGGGGCUGAACUUCUCCCAGCGACUGAUCCGCCACGUGGCAUACGAGACCCUGCCCCGGGAGAUUGACCGGAAGUGGUACUACGACAGCUACACCUGCUGCCCACCGCCCUGGUUCAUGAUCACAGUAACACUGCUGGAGGUUGCCUUUUUCCUCUAUAAUGGGGUGUCGCUGGACCAAUUUGUGCUGCAGGUAACCCAUCCACGAUACCUGAAGAACUCAUUGGUUUACCAUCCACAGCUCCGAGCACAGGCUUGGCGUUACCUGACGUACAUCUUCAUGCAUGCGGGGAUAGAACACCUGGGACUCAACGUGGUGCUGCAGCUCCUGGUGGGGGUACCCCUGGAGAUGGUGCACGGAGCAACCCGCAUUGCGCUUGUCUAUGUGGCUGGUGUCGUGGCAGGGUCCUUGGCGGUGUCUGUGGCUGACAUGACCGCACCAGUGGUGGGCUCCUCUGGAGGGGUGUAUGCGCUUGUCUCUGCCCAUCUGGCCAACAUCGUGAUGAACUGGUCAGGCAUGAAGUGUCAAUUCAAGCUGCUUCGGAUGGCUGUGGCCUUGAUCUGUAUGAGUAUGGAGUUUGGGCGGGCCGUGUGGCUGCGAUUCCACCCAUCAGCCUAUCCCCCGUGCCCUCACCCGAGCUUCGUGGCGCACUUGGGUGGCGUGGCUGUAGGCAUCACCCUGGGCGUGGUGAUCCUGAGGAACUACGAGCAGAGGCUGCAGGACCAGUCGCUGUGGUGGAUUUUUGGGGCCAUGUACACCGUCUUUGUGCUGUUCGCUGUCUUCUGGAACAUCUUUGCCUACAGCCUGCUGGACUUAAAGCUGCCGCCACCCCCCUAAGGGCCUGGAGGACCUCGGUCGGGGAAGGGAGGGAGAGGCAGCGUCGGCAAGGAGCAGCCGUAUUCUUUUUCUCGUCACCAGCUCAGUGAGGCCAGGGAGGAGAGGACAAGAGACGCUGGGCCGCUGUAAUAUUUGUGUUCCGAUUUGAACAGAGUGGAGGCAUUUUUCCGAAAGGCACCUGUUGGAGGAUUUGGAUGUGGCUUCUGUAGUUUUUCUAGAUUGUUCUGAAAACCUCGGGCCAGGGUGAAGGCCUGGGGUGAGGUGAGAGUGGCCGUCCCCUCGGGCUGGGCGUGUCCCACGUGUACAGGGGUCCCCUGCCUUGUCAUAGACUGGGCACCAGCCUUCUCACUCAUCGCCACCCUGAGAGACCUAAGCGCGUAAGGACGGCCUGAGUCUGUAGUAGCCAGGCAGGCCCUUGUCCAGCCCCGAGGUCACUGUGGGCCAGGAAGUGUUCCCUCCAUAGCUGUUGGGUCUGGAGCUCUGGAGUGGAAGGGGGCCUGGUGGUGGAGGACGUGUCGACUUUGGUCUGGGGGGGCCCAGGGUGCCCUCCCAUGCAUGUCAGUGGGUGCUGGGAUGUGGCCUCUAGUGCCUGGGGUGGGCAGAGGAGGGCGAUUCUGUAACUCCAGGCCCCACCUUUGCCCUGCAGGUACCCAGCGAGAGGAACCCAAGCGGGAGGGAAUAAACUUCGUUCCAAGUUCCCCCCGCGGAAGGGUAUCAACUUUGGGCGUCUCCUGGGUGCUGACAUCUCACACCAGUGCCCCAGCAUCCAUGCCCUUAUGUUCAGGGCCUUUUCCUCCCCUUCCACUGCCCUGACCCCGCAAUGUGCCUGUCCUUUGUUUAUAGAGCCAGUGUUCUGAUACGUGUGUGCAUGCGUGAGUGUGUGUGUGUGUGUGUGUGUGUGUGUGUGUGUGUGUGUGGUUUGGUGGGCGGAUGCACAUGGGAUGGGAAAGACAACGUGAGGCCAGUUGGAGGCUGCAGAGGAGGCUGCGAGGGGCAGAGGGGGAUGGGGCGGGAGUUUGCAUGAGAGGAAGGAGGGUGCUGAGAGAUGGGAAAAAGCUUGCCCCCUUCUUUCUUGCCUUUCUCAGAGAGGCUACUGGGCUUUCUUGCCUUUCUCAGAGAGGCUCCCAGUAGCCUCUCUGAGAAUCACUGACUGUGGGAGACUUGCCAUGGUGGAGGGAGACCUCGGGCCUUUCCAGGGACCCUCAGGACGCUGAGGUUUUCCUCGCCUUUGCCAAGUUCUGCUCUGAUUCCCAUCUAGAAUAGACUCCCUAUCUGAAAAGAUUCUGUUGUAUCUCCCUUAGGAGCUUUGGGGGCACAGGAGAGGCUGGAGCAGGAAUGUUGAGGCCAAGUGCCCUUUUGAGUUGAGGGCACAGGAGGCUACAGUAAAAGGAACUCAAUUCAGAUGGAAAACUGCUCCUGGAGAAGAGCUGUAGGGUGCUUGGGUGAGUGUCAGAGGUGAGGGCAGCCUGUAGACUCAGAUGCUCAGAGCUGGGAGGGAUGAUCAGAUCCAUCCCCCCACCCAUUACCCAAGUGGCAAAACAAGGCUGAGGCAACGACCCCUGACAGAAGCUUGUGCCCACCCUGAGGGGUGGGUGUGGGGAGGAUGGCCUUUGACAAACUACGCCAUUCCCUUUAUACCGCUCUGGGAACUCACAGCCACUGACAGCCCAGGAGGCUGCGUUCGUGCAGGAAGGAGGCAGCCACGUGCCUGUCAGAGCCCUUAAAUAUACCAAGGUCCAGAGUCAGCCAGGCCAGGCAUUUGGGGGUCUUGGGCCACUGUGAUCGCACGUAAAUGGUCAGGGUCCUCCUAGCCAGGGACACCCCCAAGCCAUGCCAAGCCCUUCCCUGGCUUUGCCCAGCAAUAGAUUGUUCUGGUCCCCGCAUCUGGCUCCCGAGGUCCUGCUGCACUUGUGCCAACGCUGUGCGGAGGACUGCCAGCCCCAGGGUGGGGGAUGAGCCUGGGUGUGGCUGAGCUGUGCCAGCCUGUGCCUGCCACUCUCUGCCCCCUGAGAGGCAGGUGUAGCUGGAAGAGUCUGCUUCUUAGGAGACUCUGAGCUGGAAUGGGGGCCAAGAAGACUCGGGGGAGGAUGGAGG